AUGUUGAGACGCACAGUUGCAUCAGGCUCCUCCAUGAUGAGGAUGGCCAAACUGCCACUCUCCAGCAGGACAGCACUAGCAUCCGCCACUACUCUCCCCAGAAGACACUACUCCCCCGCAGCAGCCGUCAAAUUGACCAACGAUAUCUCCCUGGAGACGCACACAGACACGCAAAUGGCCUCCAGGGAUCAGGCUGCCGCCCGUGCAGAAGCCUCUGCUGGGUCCUCCGCCAAGGCUGCCGCCAUCAUCGACGAGAUCGACACCUCAGGUCGCACUGCGUUGAACGCUGCUUACCAGGAGAACACAGGGUUCGGUACAAGACCCAUCUAUAUGGACAUGCAAGCCACCACGCCCACGGACCCAAGGGUCCUGGAUACCAUGUUGAAGUUCUUUACGGGACUAUACGGGAACCCACAUUCUAAUACUCAUUCGUAUGGUUGGGAGACCAAUAAGGAAGUGGAGACCGCAAGGGAUCAUAUUGCCAAAUUGAUUGGUGCGGAUUCUAAAGAGAUCGUAUUCACGUCGGGAGCCACUGAAUCUAAUAAUAUGGUAGUGAAGGGGGUCGCUAGGUUUUAUAAGAAGACCAAGAAACAUAUCAUUACAACGAGAACGGAACAUAAGUGUGUUCUGGAGGCUGCUAGAGCCAUGAUCAAUGAAGGGUUUGAAGUCACGUUUUUGCCCGUGGAUGAAGCUGGAUUGGUGGAUUUGAAAGAAUUGGAAGCCGCUAUUAGACCAGAUACUUGCCUGGUGUCUGUUAUGGCCGUGAAUAACGAAAUUGGGGUCAUUCAACCAUUGAAGGAGAUUGGUCAAAUUUGUAAGAAACAUAAAGUGUAUUUCCAUACAGAUGCGGCUCAAGCAUAUGGGAAGAUUAAAUUGGAUGUCAAUGAAAUGAAUAUAGAUUUACUUUCCAUAUCAUCACAUAAGAUUUAUGGUCCCAAGGGUAUUGGUGCUCUUUACGUGAGAAGAAGACCAAGAGUUAGAUUGGAACCUUUAUUCUCAGGUGGUGGUCAAGAAAGAGGUUUAAGAUCGGGGACUUUAGCUCCACCAUUAGUCGCAGGGUUCGGUGAAGCUGCUAGAUUAAUGCAUCAAGAAUUUGAAUCGGAUCAAGCUCAUAUUAAGAGAUUAUCAGAUAAAUUAGUCAAGGGACUAUUGGCAAAUGAUCAUACUAACUUGAACGGUUCUGCAAGUCAUCGUUAUCCCGGUUGUAUUAACGUUUCCUUUGCCUAUGUCGAAGGUGAAUCUUUAUUGAUGGCAUUAAGAGAUAUCGCUCUAUCCUCUGGGUCCGCAUGUACUUCUGCAUCCCUGGAACCAUCAUACGUAUUACAUGCCCUGGGAAGAGAUGAUGCAUUGGCACAUUCAUCCAUUAGAUUCGGUAUCGGUAGGUUUACCACGGAAAGGGAGGUAGAUUAUGUCAUUAAGGCAAUCUCAGAAAGAGUAGAAUUCUUAAGAAGUAUUUCUCCCCUAUGGGAAAUGGUUCAAGAAGGUAUUGAUUUGGAUUCAAUUGAAUGGUCAGGUCAUUAA